AUGCCGCCCAUCCGAACACGGGAUACAAAAUCAAGGGGGAAGUCGCAGUCGGCGCUUCCAAGGUUCGGAUUCACCCGUGGCAUCGGACUGGAAGCGAACGAACGCGCCAUAGCAUCGGUCAAACAGGGCGCCACGCAAUCGGCUGGAGAGGCUACAAUGCGCUUGACUAGUGAGACAGGAGAGACACGUCUAUUUGAUAAAGGUACAGAGACACAUGCGAUCGGAGAAUCAGAAGAGGCUCSCGAAUUUKCACCAACUCAGGCCGAGCUUGCAGUAAAAGGAGCUAAAGCAGCGCAAAAGACUGCCGUGCCAAUGAAAAAGGGACUAAAGGAAGCCACCUUCCGAGUCAAUCAAGAAUGGGACUCUCAUCAUCGGGAAUGGCUUGGACAUGGGACAAAGAAAGUAGCAUUUGGCUCUGGCUUUGUCCUGAAAGACCAACAUAUCUACGAGCUGACCUCGAUUGGACCUCGUCUAUGUCGUAGUCUGACAAGUUUCGAAUUCCAUUUCAAAGAUGUCAGUUACGAUGCCAAGAACUCGGCUCAAGAACUCACGGACAAGGCUAUAAUUUGCCUCACCAAGUUAUGUCCCAAACUCCGCUCCGUGCAGCUCCAAGGUACCUCGGACCUUCAGGACAUUACGCUCGAAGCCUUGUUUGAAAAUUGCGCAGAUAUCUCUUAUGUAGAGAUCACACCGCAUUCCAAGCAUGGAAAUAGUCGGUUGGAUGGAUCGGCGCUCGAUAAGUUGCGGGAGCACCCACAAUGGGGCACCAAGUUGAAAAAGCUCCGACUUCCAGAUCAGGGCACAAAGUGCGAUUCUCUCACGAAGGCAGUGCGUGCUCUCACCAAGGAAAGGGAUAAGCUCUUAGUCCAGCUGGUCUGCGUCUCUGAGGUCAAGAAAUGGGGAGAUUGGGAGCUUGAAGUCUGGCAUACCAACUUUCGCAAAGGAAGGAAGCAGAGUCUUUUCUAG